AUGUACGAUACUACUAAAGUGAUACUAGAUGCAUAUAGUAGAUUAUUAAAGAGGAAACCAGAUAUUUUCCGUAAUAAUUUCCGUCGAGGCGAAGUUUACAAUAAUGGUACAAAAGGUUUAGAUUGCAGAAAAAUGCCAGUUAUUACAUGGGAACACGGUGAGAAGAUAAUUAAAUAUUUAAGAAAAACUGAUAUAACAGGAUUAACAGGAAACAUUACUUUUGACGAUUUUGGGUACAGAAGGAAUUUCUCAAUCGAUGUGGUGGAAAUGACUAUUAACAAUGAAAUGGUGAAGGUUGCUCAUUGGUCUGAUAAAUCUGGCUUGCUAAUGAACCCUCCAAAAUAUCGUCGAGUUCCUCAAAAUACUGGAUUCGAAAAUAAAACUUAUACUGUUACAAGUAUUCUUGAAGAACCAUACCUGAUGCAAAAAAGAUCAGAAAACGGUGAUGGGAAUGAAGAGUUCGAAGGUUAUUGCAAAGAUUUAGCUGAUCUGAUAGCUGAAAACAUGAAAAUUAAUUAUACCAUGAGGCUUGUAAAUGAUUCAAAAUAUGGAGGACAAGAUCCUAGAUCCACAGCUGGAUGGAAUGGAAUGGUUGGAGAAUUAAUAAGAGAAGAAGUUGAUAUGGCAAUCGCUCCAUUAACUAUAACAUCUGCAAGAGAAAGAGUUAUCGAUUUUACAAAGCCAUUCAUGUCAUUGGGUAUCAGUAUCAUGAUUAAAAAACCGAUGAAGAAAAAACCGGGAGUAUUUUCCUUUAUGAAUCCGCUAUCUAAAGAAAUUUGGAUGUGCAUCAUAUUUGCUUACGUUGGUGUUUCUGUUGUACUUUUUCUUGUCAGCCGAUUUUCACCACACGAGCUUCGAUAUGAAGAUACAUACGUCGGUCCGACUGUCAUCAACGAUUUUUCUUUAUAUAACAGUCUAUGGUUUUCUUUGGGUGCCUUUAUGCAACAAGGAUGUGAUGUUUGUCCGAGAUCAAUAUCGGGUCGGAUUGUUGGAAGUGUCUGGUGGUUUUUUACAUUAAUCAUUAUAUCAUCAUACACAGCCAACUUAGCAGCCUUUCUAACAGUAGAAAGAAUGGUAACGCCAAUUAAUUCAGCUGACGAUCUUGCGAAACAGACUGAAGUUGAAUAUGGUACUUUAGUAGAUUCGUCUACUCAAGAAUUUUUCAAGAAAUCAAAAAUAGCAGUUUAUGCAAGAAUGUGGGAAUUUAUGAAUUCGCGCAAACAUGUUUUCGUAUCUUCGUACGAAGAAGGAAUAAAAAGAGUCAGGGAAUCAAAAGGAAAAUAUGCUUUUUUAAUUGAAUCAACGAAAAAUGAUUAUACCAACGAAAGGCAACCAUGUGAUACAAUGAAAGUUGGGAGGAAUUUAGAUGCCAAAGGUUAUGGUGUUGCUACACCAUUAGGUUCGACGUUAAGAGAUCAAAUUAAUUUGGUGGUGUUGUUACUGAAAGAAAAAGGAGAUUUAGCUCGUUUAGAAAAUAAAUGGUGGUAUGAUAGAAGUGAAUGCAGAAAUGGCGACAGUAAGUUGACGGUUAUUAGGACGUACAAGCGUACACGAAAAGGAACCAUUUGGGAUGAAUCCAAGAUGGCUGAAUCAGGAGGGAAUAAAGAAAGAAAAGAUGGUCCUAAGAGAUACAUCAGAGAACUUUGGAAAUAUCGUGAAUCAUCACAAAAUGAAUUAACAUUAAGCAAUGUCGCAGGCUGUUUCUACAUUCUGAUAGGUGGAUUGAUUUUAGCUAUGGUCGUUGCAUUGAUAGAAUUUUGUUACAAAUCAAGAUCAGAAGCAUCAAGAUCGAAGAUGAGCCUAUAUGAUGCCAUGAAAUCCAAAGUUAGAGUAUCAAUCACAGGAGGUCCAAACGGAGAUACAGGAAGGGUACGAGCAGGCUCUAUUUAAUUGGUGGAUGGACUAACAGAUACUAUGAAUCCAAAUACUCAUACACAAGUAUAAAGAAGACUCAAGAAAAAAAUUUAAUAAUAAAAGUUGAAGAGGAACAAAAAAUGAUGUUUACUAAACUACAAAAUAAAGAUAUUUCUGAAGGAAGAAUUUAAAAAAAAACUAAUUUUAAAUCAUUAUAUUAAAAAUUUAUAAUUUUUUGAAAAUUUCAAA